ACCCAAAAGUCCAAAAUGCCCAUGAAUAAUUUCCAAAAGACAGGGUAUGCCCUUUUUUUAAACCCAAAGUUAUCUCAUUCGAGUCCUUUCCCUUUAACGACAAAGGGACUUGCCGCACUACCCACCCAACCGCUGCACCAGGUAUGUUCAAGGCUUUCAAUUUUUAUUCAGACUGACGAACGCCUAACCACCGGUGAAGCAGCGGCAAAGCUGAAGGAAGACCUUUCGGUGUUGACUGGUUUUUGGACCAUAUCCAUCUUCAUGGGAAAUGCGGUAAUGCACAUUCCAGCUGUUACAGUGAAUAAAAGGGACUUGGGUGAAAAUAGUCCAUUGCAAUAUCUCACUCAGGUUAACUUUUCUAUUCCCAGAGAUGCCUUCAUUGACUUCAUCUACAACAACAAUUACUGCCUCGGCUAUACCAAUCCAGAAGAAUCUUUCUGCUUCAAAUAAUAGACCUCUAAGUACAUGGAUUUCCUUUUCCCUCUGUUAUUAAUGCAAAGUAAGAAAUCAGUGCAAUGGGAGGAUUCAACUUACUGGAUCUGGUCAAAUAAUGUUGGGGAUAUGUUCAAGACCAUUUCAAAUUAGAACUCCCAUCACACAUGGUAGUCAGAAGCAAAGUGCUGUAGUAGUUUGUUCUGCUGCUUUGAAUGCAAGAUGUGGUGCAGAGCAAACUCAAACCAUUACACGUCAAUCACCAACAAGUACAAUAACACCAAUUCAAGGCAAGGAAAAGGCACCUGAACUUGAUGAUGGUGGGACUGGAUUUCCACCUCGUGAUGAUGGAGAUGGUGGUGGGGGUGGUGGCGGUGGAGGAGGAGGUUGGUCAGGAGGAUUCUUCUUUUUUGGUUUUUUGGCAUUUCUAGGGUUUUUGAAGGAGCAAGAAAGCGAGGGGCCUUACAGGGACGAUAGGAGAAAAUGAGCGGAUAAUUUGAUGUUUCUUUCUCUGUUGUAUCGACAUUAACUAUUAUAUUGUGUUAUUGGACACAAAGAACCUAUAUGAAUUUUCCUACACUUUUUUUUUUUGGUAAAGACGUGAAUUUUCCUACUA